AUGCACUCUGGCCCUUCCCUCCGGAGCCAGCCAUCACCCCCACCGCCUGCAUCACCGUCGCAGAUCCAGCGAGUGCCACCACCACCGCCCGCCUCGGCACCGUCGCCUCCACGCGAAGGAAGCUCGUCACCUUCGGAAACAGGGUUUUUACCUGGGUUUCAGCCAGACUAUGACAGGACACGUACCACUCGCCGCCCCAGCUCUGCUGAGGCCGGUAGCGGGCCGGGUUCCGCAUCAGCAGUAUAUGGAAGCGCAGUGCGACCUCCUCCUACUGAGGCCUAUCUGAUUCUCAGGCCCCAUCGCAUCCCAAGAAGUGGCUGGCAAGGCGGACAGCAACUCGCAGACUCAUCUGGAUGGACAUAUGAGCUCGAAGUGCUUCAAAGCCCCGAGCGAGGCAAAGCGCUGGGCGUCGAGGCCCUCCGGAGAGGUUGGCCUCCUCUUACCCCACCUCUCAUUGUGCAACUGCAGGUUCGAAACGAAAAGGGCGAAGAGGUAGAGACAGACAAUGCCACUCUUGCACGGCGUCUGGUUCAUCUGACCAUGGGCGUCGAGUUAGUCUCGCCAGACGGCAUUGACUCUCGCUCCCUGAUGCGCGUUCGACCUCCAAGUCCUCGUGGCACCGUGCAGCCCUAUUAUCCCACAUCUGCUCCUCCACCAUACUCUGUACAACGCACACUCUUGGGCUCAUCUGUUCGAACGCCUCAAAUUCUCACUCGGGAAGGACGCAAAGGCCUUUACUUCAUCUUCCAAGACUUGAUUGUGCGGCCUGAGGGGCAAUACCGCCUGGAAGGCAAGAUUUUGGAUCCCGCAGGUCCGCCUCAUAUUGGCACGUCCAUUGGAGUAACGCAUCCUUUGACCUAUUGCCGCACCGAUCCCUUCGAUGUCAUUAUACCACAGGAAUUCCCUGGUCCGGUUGCCAUCACACCCUUAUCCACAGAGUUUCUACGCCAGGGCGAGCGACACUUGGGGCGCCGCCCACGUAAUGAAGAUGGCGAAACAGAUGAGGCAGAAGACACAGUCCAUAACGAGUAA